CAGUAUUCAGCAAUUAAUUGUGUCCUGUGCCUUUAAGACGUUCCUCAGGGUGGACCCAGCGUCCGUUUUGACGCUCAGGAAGUGGAUUAAACCACCAAAGAUUCCCGCAGAUUCGAUAUCUAAUGUUACAAACGUGUUCACGCGGGCCUAAACAAUAGUUUAUAUGACUUUGGGAGAUAUUUGAGACAAUAAUGCUGGAUGGUUGCUCUCAUGAAAUUCACAAGAGGUAUAUGCAGGCUGCUGGGACUCGGAAGCGGCCCCGCUGUCCAGCAACAGGAGGAGGAGAUGGACUAUGGUGCUGCAACCCCUGACCCAAGUCCUGACGCCACUUUGUCACAGGAUGUAUUAAAUGGGGAGGAGGGUUUGAGUGAAGAAGAGAAGGUCAGACAAAAAGCAGAAAGACGCAAAGCCAAGAGGAAGCGCCGUCGAAAACGGAAGAAGCAGGAGCAGACUAAGCAAAACGACUGUGCAGAGCAGGAUGACGAUGAGGAGGAUGGUGGGGUGGACUCUGACCUGGAUGAGAGUGGGUCUGAAGCAGAUGUUGUGGCUGAGGAGGUGAAACAAAGAGCACAAAAAGAGGAUGCAAAGUCAGCUGCUUCCCACAAGUACGUGUCCACUCCCAUCAUGGCUCCUGCGGAAAACAAAGGCCAACAAAAGACUAAAGCAAGAUCCACUGAAGAGGAGCCAGAGUGGGACGAGAGCAGUGCCUUCUUUGCUAAUGCUGCUAGCCAUAUCAAACCCAAAGGAUCAAGUCGCAAGUCCAGGGAGAACAAGGAGAAUGAGGCCAAGAGAGAGACAAAUGGAAUUGACUCCAUGGCAAAGAAAAGUGCAUCACUGACAGAAAAAGGGAUAAAGCUGGUGCAGGAGGAGCAGUACACACAGGCAGUCGCUAUGUUUACAGAAGCCAUCAAAUGUGAUCCAAAGGAUUAUAGGUUCUUUGGGAAUCGUUCUUAUUGCUAUUACUGCUUGGAACAAUACCCUCAAGCCCUGGCAGAUGCUGAACGCUCAAUUCAGCUGGCCCCAGUUUGGCCCAAAGGACACUUUCGCAAAGGCAGUGCUCUUAUGGGCAUGAAGAGGUACUGUGAGGCAGAGAAGGCCAUGGAGCAGGUACUGAAACUGGACAAAGACUGUGAGGAAGCUGUAAAUGACCUCUUUAACUGCAAAGUGCUUCAGCUGAUGGAGCUAGGUUUUGAAGAACCGCAAAGUUUCCUUCUUCUAGAGAGAUUUUCAACUGUCCAGGCUGUUCUGGCAUCCUGUUCUGAUCCAAGUAGAGCUGGGGGCCAAGAUGCAUCAGCUGUGCAGCCGGAGAGCCCUUGUCAAUCUCUUUGGGUGGGAAAUGUGACAACUGAAUUAACAGAGAAACACUUGUGGGACCUUUUUAAAAUGUACGGUGAAAUAGAGAGUAUUCGUGUCCUGCAUGAAAGAUUUUGUGCCUUUGUCAACUUCAAGAAUGCAAACAUGGCAGCCCGUGCCAUGGAGAAACUAAAUGGUUAUUCCAUUGAGAACACACGCUUAGUGGUGCGCUAUCCUGACCGUCGCACACCGAAAAUCCCUCCCAUUCCACUGAGGGCCUUCCUCCCUGCCACACAACAAGCAGGGGCAGCUGCUGGUCCUCGAAGACGUGGCCCUGUAAACGGAGAUGAGUGUUACUUCUGGAGAACCACUGGCUGCCAUUUUGGGGACAAAUGCCGCUAUAAACACAUUCCUGAUCAGAAAGGCAAGGACAGGAAACCAUGGCAGCCUUGAGCACAGUCGGAGUUCUGCCCUCCAUGGUGCGCAGGAAACUGAGACGCACCAUUUGUGCCGUCGGAGCUGGUACUUACUGGAUCAGGAUCUCCGGGCUAAAUAUAUUGACUGACUGUGGCAGAGUGGACCAGAUUAGUCAAAAGGAUCAGAGCCAGAACUCGGGCUUUUGAGUGAGGAAUAGUCAUACAUGAGCGACAAAGGACUGUGAGUGGGAAGGUUGUUAUUUUAGCCUUCAGGACCAGACGGAAUGAUUUUUGCCCCGUACUACAUGGCAGCAAGAAACCUUCAUUUUUGCCGGCCUGUGCAGCACAUGCUGACCUAUAUCCUCUUUCUCAGACUUCCUAAGUAACGUUGCAAUCUAGCAACAUCUGCUAGGUGUGAUAUUGUUUGGGCCACAUUGGUAAAUGUUUCUCCUAUCAGCCCAGGGACCUUCCUUCUUCAGUCAAAAAUGCAGUGUUCCUUCCCCAUUUGUUUAAAGCAAACCUAAUUUAUCUACAAGGUUGUGGGCGGGUAUUGAACAUUUCCAAUAUACUUGUCGCCCACAGCUGCUCUCAUCUCACAUCAGGCUGCAGCUCCCACUGCAGCUGCCUUAGUCGUUCAGCACCAGACCAAAGAUUAACGGACGGUUUUACUUGACGUUUCAUUACCUCCUCCAUGCAUUUUAGCCAAUAAGCUCAAGACCCCACUAGAUGCCUUCAAACCGUGCUGUGUAGCCUUACUAUAAUGAUUAGUCAGAAGCAUUAAGAAAUUGAGGAAUGAGUGUGUAUUUAACUUUCAGAAGCGGCUACCGUUGUCUUGAAAGCUUGAAAAGACUUAUUGGAUGUCCCAUGAGGUGUCCUUAGAUGCUUUGGAGGAUUCAGUGUUUUUGUGAUCAUUUUUAGGGCAUGUUGGAAGUAACAUCAACACCUGAUGAUUGUAUUUCACAGAGGCUGCAACACUCAGUGUUUGAGUCUGUGUAAGAAAGGUAUUGUUUUGUCAUUGUGACAGAUUUGCAGCCACAGUUUUAGCUUAUGUUGGUCUGGAGUGCAUGAGAUAGGAGAUGUGAAAAAGAAUCACUUAUGCAUUAUUUGGCCCUCUUGUGGAUUAUUGAAAAGCUACUUUCAGGGCCGGUCUGUAGAACUCAGUAUAAAUUAAGUUUGGUGGUUAUUUUCUCGUAAUUAAGACCUUCAGUACUCUCUACAUCAUUCAUCAAACAUCAUUAGUACAUCAUUCUAAAUUGUUUUCACCAAUGCAAAGAGUAGACACCCUGACAUGUUAGAAGCUACACUGUUAGAAAAAUAAGAAGCUUUAUAUCUGAGUUUUCAGAAGCAGUGUUUUUCUUCGUAUGGCCUUCCAUUUCAGUAUUUGAGCAGGUUAAAGAAUCUGAAAGUGCUGCAUUGAAAAUAGCCUCAGGCUUUCAUGAGUUUGGACUAGACAGUAUAUUACAAGACCACUGGAACCCUUGGGCAAGUUUCUACCAUCCACUAAAAAAACAACAACAAAAUUUGUCCACACUACUUUCACUAGUAAACUAUGCACUAAAUAGUGACAAUAUUUAUUUAGCUAUUUAUACUUUAAAAAAAAAAAACCCAAAACAUUCUUUUCAAACUGAUUUUAAACGAUUGAAUUUCAUCACUUUUAACUGUUGAAAUGUUUGCGUCUUAGAGUAGCUUUCCUCUACUGGCUUUACAAGGCAAACAUUCACAGCCAUUUGGUGCAAACACUGUCACAUGCUGCACUUCUGCUUUACUUGUUUUGUUUUCUGUCUCGUGGCCAAUACUUGUGAAAAAGGAAUCGGGGAACCAAACCAAAAGACUGCACUUGUUCAUUUAACGUACUUGCUCAUUUCCCGUUUGACUGGUGAAGUCAAACUGGUUGCUCGGCAUAGAAAAUUGUGGAAACUUAUAGCGUGAUUGAUUUUAGUAAAGCAUGUAUUAUUCAAAAUAUUUCAGAGUGGACACAUUUUAAUGUAUGUUGCUCUGUGUUUUUCAUCUUCCAUAUUACAGUUUAGAUUCGGUAAGGUGGAUUUUAAAUUCUGAUAUGCACAUUUAUAACAAGAGCCCUGCAGUCCUGUUUAUAAAACCUCCCAAAUAUUUUGUAUUAUCAUUACUGCACCUCAAAUGAGAGCUUUUUAUAUUUAAUAAAUAUACUUUCACCUCC